CGUCGCGUAUCUGCAUUGUGUAAUCGAGUAACAGAGAAUUCAAUCUUCGUCCUCGGCGACUCCCAAAUUCGCCUCCUCAGCCCCCAUCGCCUUCUUCGGCUCAGAUCGACCAGACGCCGGGAGAUCGCCGGGGCCGAUCCGUCCUCCGCGAAGCCGCUCCGGAUCAGGUCCGGAUCAGGUUUCGCGGCAAGCAGCCGGCGGGAAGCCAUGGAGACGCCGCCGCCGUUCCAGGAGUCGGCCCACUGCGACGUCUGCCGCUGCACCUUCUCCACCUUCCGCCGCCGCCACCACUGCCGCAACUGCGGGAGGACGCUCUGCCACGAGCACUCUUCGUACCACAUGGCCCUGCCUCAGUACGGGAUAUACACGGACGUUAGGGUCUGCUAUGAGUGCUUCAGCAAAUCCUCCAGACGCGGGGGUGUUCGUAAUGAGAGUUCACCCGUGAGCGUCUCUAGUGUGUCUGACUCCUUGUCAGGGUUAAAUUUGGAUAAAGAUGAUGCUUCGUCGCCCACAAAAUAUUCAGCAGCUCAAAGUUCAGCUGCAAUUGUAGAGUGCAAGUGUGGAAUGCCUUUGUGCAUAUGCGAGGCACCGAAACCAGAACCUGCACCUGUAAAGCAGAAUAUUAGCACCACUUCCUCAACUGUUCAAUCAAACACAAGGCCUAAAAAAUCUACUAGCAACCAACAGUCAGCUGAUCCAAGUGCCAAGAAGGCUUCGGCUACUUCCAGCAGCAAUUCAAGCUCAUUCUUAAAUCUUGGCCUGAUGAGCAGUGAUAGCAAUGAUAAGAAUCUGUCAGACUAUGAUGUUACUGGAGAGGGGCUAAGGGAAGCAAUUAAAAGUGGGGAUAUUAAUGCUGUCAAGAAACUUCUGAGUGAGGGAGUGGAUUGUAACUACUGCGACAAGCAAGGAUUUACUUUGCUACAUUUGGCUGCGCUAUUUAACCAGACUGAGAUUGCCCUUAUUCUCAUGGAUAGUGGAGCAAACAUUCAACGGAAAAACGGACAAGGGGAAACUCCUUUGGAUUGUGCUCCACCCAUGCUGCAGUACAAAAUGCGCCAGAGGAUGGAAGAGCUUGCGGCGUCACGAAGGCCCGAGUGAGGCAGAUAGCAUGUCAAAAUUCUAUGCUGCAUGGUUACAAAUAAACUGUUUAACAAUUGGAAGCUUCAUGCUGGGGGCAUGGUCUUUCAUUUCGGGACAACACCAUCAUGUAGUUAUCGGAAUGUCAUGGGUGGUUGUUUUUGCCCCCCUGAAUAAGUUAUUCUGCUCAAUUUUACUUCCUCGUGUAUUCAUGUUUGGGUAUCGUGAUUCCUCCCCCGUUCCAGCAGUCCCAUGUAUAUUACUCCAAUUUUAUGAAAUUCAAAAGUAUAUGACAGCUUCGUGACAUUCA